AUGGCUAAUAUAUUUAAUUUGUUCGGUGAAAUAUCAGAACUUCACAAAGGUAAGAAUAAAAAUAUAUAAGAAGGUUAAUAUUUAUAUUUAUUGUGUUCUAUAAACAUAAUUUUAUUAUUGUGUUCUGUAAACAUAAAUUAAUGUUUCAAUCCUUUAAUGUACAUAUAUAUUACUAAUGAAUAUAUUACUAACUAUUAUAGAUCCAGUUACGAAAUCUUUAGCUAGAUCAAAAAGUUCUCUUGAUAUAAGUGGUACUUCCUUGAAGAAUGUUAGCCGAUCAAAACCAAAAGGGUUAUCAAUUAGAUCUAACUCUGAUUUGAAUGUAUCAGUCACUGUGCAAAAUAUUCCAAAUAAACAACAGGAAUUACUGAAGCUAACACAGGUAGACAAUAACGGUCAAGUAAUAUCACCUAGAAAGGCUGCUUUAUCAAAGAAACCAUUUGGAUGUUGUGAUAAAUUGAAAGAUAUAUCUCCAAAAAAAGGAUUUAACACAAAAAAUAUAAAAUUACCAGAAUUAUCACACGAUGAAAGUGUUUUUAAAAAACCAUUACCGUUACCAUUAAAAAAUAAUAAUAAAUCAUACCCAGAGCCAGAAAAUCUAGCACCAUAUUGUGACAUGCAAUUUGAAUUUGAAAUAGCGAUUACACGCUUUUCAAUUGUCGGUGGUACAAAAUGACCACAGACAGAUGUUUGAUUGUAAUAGCUGGUAUUUUGGAAGAUUGUACUUUCAAUCAUAUUUGUUUUGUCGCUGAAAGUUUAUCUACGAUAUUACCAAAUUUUCAUUACAGAAGUAUUAGUAAAAGUUCCGCAAAAUGGGAUUGCUGGUUGAAAGAAACUUGUGAUCUUUAUGAAUGGAUUCACACGAAAUCUCCUUUAAUAUGGAAAGAAAUUGGACUUAGUCGAACUCACAUAAGUUAUAUUGGAGGCAGUUUUCAGUUUUGGGAAUUGUUGCAUAAGUAUUAUAACAUUAGUUCGUAUUUAAAUAAAGAAGAACUUGAUGCAUUACAAGCAGACUUAAUAUUUGCCCACAAUAUAAAAAGUCAAAGAAGUAAGCCUUCACAAGAAAAACAUCGCGUAAUAAUGAUAAUAGGAGCAGGGAGAUCAAUGUGCUUCGAUCUUGUUCCUCAAUUGUUAAUGACAAAAGAGCUCUGGUUAACUCAGGGAAUUGUUAUUAAUUUGUAUGACGAACCAGGAUGUUUCUUUAAACUUAAAAAAAUUUUUAAAGACGCAGGAACAAUAGGCGCUGGUUUAAAUACAGUAAAUAUUGUAGAAAGUAUCCCCGAUGGAUUAAAAGACUGUGACAUAUUAAUUUACCUUGAUAGUUUAGUACGAGAAGAAUAUGAAGGGACAGAUAAUUGGUUACAACGUAAUUAUAAAACUAUAGCAAAAUUAUGUACACAAAUAAAUGAAUAUGCACCCACGCAUAUGAAAGUAAUUUUCUGUUCAAGGUGUCUUCCAUGUUUUUAUGCCAAUAUUAUGUUGGAACUUGUUACAAAAUUAUCAAGCACAAACAUUGUAGUUGCUAGUGCCCAUUAUGGUUUAGAACUUAUAUAUACAUUUGUAAAUUUGCUUGGCCUUACUCAACAAAAUUUUGGCUGUCCACCUGUUUGGGGAUUUUUGGGAAUCAAUCACUUUGUCGAUGUUUACCAUAUGAUUCAAAAGUAUCAUGUAUAUUAUCCAAAUAAGAGAGCUUUAAAUUUAAAUGAGAAUGUGACACUAUCACUUGGAACUCAACAUUCCGAAUUAAGGUGGUUUUUUUAUAUGGCACAUGAUAAAAAUCCUUAUAAAAAUUACUUUAUACGCAAGGCCCUCCUUCGGUAUCAAAUGGGCAGAUCCGAAGAUUUUUCAAAAUGUAGAGCAAUUUGUGAUCUUCUAAAAUUAUGGUACAGUACGAAAGAAAGUAUUGGGGAUGAAAUUAUAUCAUUGGGAAUUGCAUCUGAUGGUAGUUCAUUUGGUAUCCCAAAAGGAUUAGUAUUUUCACAACCAGUUUAUUUAAAAGAACGUGAUGAUGGUUUGCGAAUAUGGGUACCUUUCAAAGAUUUUCCAAUGCCAAACAUGCCAAUUUCUAUAUUUCAAAGUCUUAUAGACACUGCUAUUUACAUUCAGAAAAAAAUAACUGAAUUCAAAAACAGUUUUGAUGCAUCAAAAAAAUCAAAUUUUCAAAUUAUAUAA